CUUUAAGCGCAUCGUCCAACGGAGAAUUAAGUGAAUUCUUUGCAUAUACACGUAUGUUCGGCUUCUUCAUCAUUGAGAUUUAAGAUAAAAUUCAACUUGGGAGAAAACAACAAUAACAACAACAACAACAACAACAACAAAACAAAUGGUGAGAAUUCUUCAAAAGCAGUCACUCCUCAGAAUCCUGAGUAAUAGCCGACAUCAACUAUACCGCUCUUACCCGCCGUCACUAAGAGCCAUGUCAUCAGCGCCAAACACAAACCCUAGCGCCAGCGCAGACAAAGUGGCUAUGACCACGCAGGCACAUCACGAAAACGAGCAUCAGCAGAAGUCCUCCCCUCAGAAAACGCCCCUGCCGCUCCCGGAGCCGAGUCAGGUCAGCGACGCCACGCAGCUACCUGUAGGCGGUGAAGGGGUGAAACUAGAUCACCUGGGCCCGCUGGUCGUUAACGAGGACGGCACGAUGAGCCGUAUUUCCAACUGGGCCGAAAUGGCCGAGAUCGAGCGGAAUAACACGCUGCGGAUCUUGGGCAAGCGAAAUAAGAUGCGUCUAGAUGCGCUCAGAGCCAAAGCGCAGUCUUCAGAGGGUCAAUCCGGGAAUGGAAGCUGAUAUACUCGAGAUGUAUAACAAACAUACAUAACUUUUGAAAUACCUAGGUUAGGGCGUUUCGGGAUGGGGACACAAAGAAUGAAGUUGAAUCAACUCUAGCAAAUAUAUGGGUAGUUGUAUAUUGAGGCAUACCUAUGUAUUUCUUCUUAUUCAUUCAAUUGAAAUGAUGGUUAAUAUCUAACCUAGACCCUUCAAGGAAACACAGGAGCAUUGUGUCAAGUAUAAAUGCAUAUCUUGUGAACUUGUUAGAUCAUUCAUCCCCUACCAUGGUAGAUUAUUGUGGACGACAAACAUAGCGUAACCCUGUUUGCCCUAAUACAUAGUAAGGGGGCCAUUGAAGCGAGUACUAGCAUUGAUGUGUGAUGUGGUAUGUACCUUGCUUGUCUAUUUGUAAGCAAUUGUAACAGGGACCCGGGGGUGAGUGGCGGAUCCG